AACAACGCCGCAUUAACAACUAGACUGACGUUAAAACAUUUUUUUCAAUAAAAUAUCACUUUUAUUGAAGAUUAUAGGAUAUGUUCAUAAAAAUAGUUAACUCAGGUGAGUGAAAGUCGCGCGGGGGUGACACCGCCCGUACGGAGUGCGGCAUUGCACACAACGAGCAGCCAGUCGCUCAGUCCGUUCCCUCCUCGGAAGAAAUUUACGACACACAACAAACAAGUAAAUCGUUUACUGUCACAACGAUAAAGAACACAGCACUGUGACCGCGUGAACGUUCGCCCUGACAGUGCGCCACACUGACGCGAGGACGGGUGAACACGUUAAUCUGUGUCUGUGGAAGGUGGCGGUGAAACAAGAUGGAGAACUGCAGCUUCCAGAGCCAGCUGCUGUCCGUCAUGGAGGUCCUGGCCAAGGCGGCGGUGGCGGAGAUAAACCGGCGCGUGGACGACAGCUGCGCGGUGCUGCGUCUGGAGGUGAGCCAGAGUCAGAGGGACAUCGAGCUGCUCAAGAGCAAGUGUGAGACGAUGGAGGCAGAGCUGAGGAGGAGCAGGGUGAGGAGGGCCCGGAGGAGCAGAGUGGUUGACCCUCCAGCAGCUGAGAGGUUUCCUCUUUUAGUCAAAGUAGUUUUGAACAAAGAGAGACAGAGCGCAGACUGGGACAGACACAUGCAGGCUGAGGCUCCAGAUCAACCACAGCAGUGUGCAGAUGUGGAGCCCACAAAUGAGGGUGAGCACGUACAGAUCAAAGAGGAGUGUGCAGAGGAUGACGUGUGGAGGAAGAACUCUGAGAACAAACUGAGUGAUUUAACUGGAUCUUCGUGUUUCAAAGCAUCACCAGCUGCCCAGACUGAUAACUUCAUGGACUGUUACUCCGGAGCUGAAGAGCCAGCAGACCCAGACUCUCUCGUUUCCCUGACAGCCGACUCCAACACCAGUUUGCCUGAGCAGCAGCUGAACACAAACCAAAAUGAGAUCGAACUCGUAGUGAAACACGAGUUUGAGGAAGAGCCUGAUGAAAACGCAGCUCUGACGGAAUCGGAUCAAAAGUCUGCCACAGGGGAAGGUGAUGAUCAGUUGUGGUUGUCCAGUCUGUGCAGAGACGCCGGUGAUCAAAGCUUCAUCUAUGACGGGCAGCAGUUUGAGCAGAGUCCCACCGGGUUCACACCUCAAAGUGGACUGCAUUUAGACGAUACGACAAAACCACAUUCUGUAUUGGUGAACUCGGCCCAAGUGAAAAGACCAGUUAGAACAUUGGGAUGUAAGAGACCAAACGCAGAUGAAGAACUCGCCGCUUUGUCUCAGCUCAACUCCACAGAACAAAGUUCGAUUCCUGAACAGUCACAGCAUCACUACAGAGACUUUACUCCUCCCGUGAUGGUGCCCAAUCCAGCGCCCUCCUCCCUCUGUGGGCACAACCGCAGCGGGUUUAGCUUUGUGAGAAGGAUGAGGGCACCGUGGAGGUCCGGCAUCGGUGAGAAGAGGUUCAGCUGCACGUAUUGCGACAAAAGCUUCAUGCGCUUCAGUCAGCUCAAAGAGCACCUAAGGAGCCACACGGGGGAGAAGCCGUUCAGCUGCCUGCAGUGCGGCCGCAGCUUCACAAAGCAGUGCAACCUCAUCAGACACGCGGUGGUCCACAGUGGGGAGAAACCCUACAAGUGCUCGCUGUGCGGGAAGUGCUUCACCCAGCGCUCCAGCCUCAAAUCCCAUCAGAAAACUGCACACUGACUUUGGAAAGAAACAUUCCUUGUUUUCACAGGAGCUUGGAAUAUAUUGAUAAAAUUGUUUUUAAUAUAUUGUAAAACUGGACGUAGAGGUCAGGGAGAGGGAAGUCUGAGCUUCUCUGCUAAAGCUGCUGCUCACGCGACCCGACCUCGGAUAAACAAUAGAAGACAAAUGGAUGGACGGACACUGGCAGAUAUAAAUAAGCACAUAUAAACUCUCUUCUGCUGUGUGUGUUUUUUUCUGUUUACCUAGUAGCAGUGAACUGUGAGUUUGGAUAAAUGACACAGAUGUCUUCACCCAAUAUUAAAUAUUUUGCAUCGUCA